AGAUAUCGGCCCAGGCCCUGGCGGCCGUUCUUCUUUUCCUUUUUGUCAUAGCAUUAACCGAACUUGUAAAACCUCCCUUCGCCAGAUACAUAUCGGUCGCGGGCGUCGCGCGCCAUCGAAACGGGCGAGGGCUCAUUGUCCUCUUACACGAUUUGCGCAACAGCAUGAAGUCGUUCCUCACCAGGCCGAAGCGUAAACUGAGUCCCGCGCCAGAAGCAGGCCUUGGAGACGGAGACGAACCGACAGACGUCAAGCUCGCCCUGUUGUCUUCCCUGCAUCCCGCCGUGGAACAAGAGACUCUCCUUGACAUUCUGCUCGCUCACGACGGCUGCGUCUCCCAAGCGUCGACGGCGCUGCAGCAACAGCAGCACGCGCAUAUCAGCAGCAGGAAGAGCGGCGCUAUUGGCUACCAGAGGUCUUUGAAGCAGUACGCACUGCCGUCGAACGACACCAGCUCAUCGCCGGAGAAGAAGACGAAGAAGCUCAAGUCGAAGCGGGGCAGCACCCUGCACCUGUACGACCCGGCCGACGUGGCCGAGCACACACCCUGCACCAUCAUCCAUAACUUCCUGCCCGCGGAAGACGCAAAUGACCUGCUGCGCGAGCUUCUCAAGGAGGCCGAGUCGUUUGAGAAGAUUACAUUUAAGCUGUUCGACAAUGUCGUGUCGAGCCCGCACACAUCGAGCUUCUUCGUCGAGAGCUACGAGGCGAUGCAGACGCAAAAGGCGGACUACUAUUAUAACGGAGCAAAGCUCACAGACGUUCGGCGCAUCACACCCCAGCUCGCCAAGGUCAAGCCCAUAGUGCAAGAGGCCGUCAACAGGGAGGUUCAGCAUCGCAUCGCGACGCGGUAUCCCGGCGGCAAGAAGCUCAAGUACCAGUCGCCGCACGCGUGGGUCCCCAACUCGGCAUUCGUCAACUGCUACAAGGGUGCCCAGGAGAGCGUUGGCUGGCACAGCGACCAGCUCACGUAUCUCGGCCCGCGCGCGGUCAUCGGCUCCGUCUCGCUCGGCGUCGCGCGCGAGUUCCGCGUCCGCAGGGUCCUGCCCAAAGACAAGGACAAGGACGGCAACGAGGCGCCGUCGUCGUCGUCGAGCAGCGGCGGAGUCAAGACGGCCGAGGACGACCCGGACGCCGAGGGCCAAAUCGCGAUCCACCUGCCGCACAACUCGCUGCUCGUGAUGCACGCCGAGAUGCAGGAGGAGUGGAAGCACUGCAUCGCCCCGGCGCCGUCCAUCGACCCGCACCCGGUGGCGGGCGUGCGGCGCAUCAACAUCACGUACCGUGACUACCGGCAGCGGUUCCACCCGCGGCACACACCGCGCUGCCGAUGCGGGAUCCCGUGCGUGCUGCGGGUGGUGCAACGCAAGAGGGACAACUACGGGCGCUAUUUCUGGAUGUGUCACGCGAGCAACGUGCCGGGCAAGGAGGGGUGCUCGUUUUUCCAGUGGGCCGAGUUUGACGAUGAUGGGAAUCCGAUAUACGACAAGGACAGCAAGGAGCCAGCCGCCUUGACUGGAUGACGAAGAUGGGCCGGGGGGCAGCAAAGAAACUCACUCGCAUGUACGUACACACGCCGCGGCGACGGCGCUAUGGCGAAUAAUAAUAAAUUUCGGC